AUGCAGGCCGAGUGCAACUCGAAUACCCACCUACAAGACUUGUUAAGUCAGCUUGCAAACUAUUUUAGUGCAAACGAGAGUGGGAUUUCCGCUUCGGAAGCCUCCAAGUGCUUCUUACGUCUUCCGCCACCGGAUUCUGUCGCUUUGAUUCGCCUCUUCUUCUUGCUGUGCCCGUCUUUCCGAUCGGUCUUGUCACGCCAAGGUGACGUGUCUACUACGAGUCUGCCAACAGCGUCCAGAUCUAGCAACAAUACCGAUACAAAUAUACAAGCAGAGUCUCAACAUUGUAGAUCUCAGCUUUGUGAUCAGCAAAUCACACAUGAAGCCGAGAGCCUAGGUCCUUGCGGCUUAGAUCAGUCUCAAGAUCCGGUUUCCAUAGAUAACAAUCAGCCAACCACCUCACAAUAUGCAAGUCCCGGCGGGGGAAGUACACUGACCCAGAUAUUUCAAGGGUUUGACAACUUUAACACGCCUCCUCUCCUACAGCAGAACGACAUCUGUCAGCAACAGGCACUGAACGAAUUGCAAGACCCGGUAAUUGGCACGUUAGUGAUAAGCCCACCUAAUACGACGGCCCUCCCACCUGUAUUUGAUGACGACACUCUUGUUGAGACUCGACUUACCAGUUGUAAUGAUAUUGAUUUCACACCAUCUCUGCGACUUCUGAUGGAAACUUGCAAAAUAGAUCGCAGUGUAUUCUUUCACAAAGUUGAAGAAUCAAAGGCAGCGUUCCCAAACGGACAAGGCUGGAGAGCCGCUAUAGCUAUCAAGCAAGAUAAUGCUGAUAUGCGAGACCUGUUAAGUAUCUACCACAGAUUUGAGUGUUAUAAUAUCUAUCGCCAUACGGUAGAAGCUGGCUAUCAUACCGGCGAACAUUGGAUACGAGACAAGCGUCGCGAGCUAGCCCAAAAGCUUUUCGAUGACUUUCCUGAGCGUUUCCAGGACACCAAGUCCGCCAACAAGUGUCUCAACUGGGUUGACCAGGGCUGUAGAUUCCACGAAUGGACCAAGAUAUUUAGUGAAGUAUCGGGACUAGGAAUCCUCAUCGCCUUGCCCUCAGAGAUACCUCGUUCAGCGUACACUUCAAGAUGCACGAAAGAACAGAUGAGCGCAGCCGCGGCCAAAUUUAGGGCCCUUGGCAUUCAUGAACUUGUGAAAGAUCUGGAACUAUCCGAAUUGGGCAAUCACGUCGCACAGAGAUUGGAAGAAAUGACAACCGGGAAGAGACUUCGUGCCGAUGAACAGGAGCAAGAUCCUCGACGUUCUUGGAAGACACCACGAUUGAUGUCAUCUUCGGGGACGCCAACUUUGGUACAAUCGGAUCUGAGCGCAACGUCGCCUGGGGCCAUAACCAUAUGCGAAGACACAGUCAUAUGGGACCAGACCGAGUCCCUUUGUCUCUCAAUGUUACCUGACGACAAUUUCAACAAUUAUGAGCUGAGCUCGUCAACAUAUUGGGACUUCACCAUGGACAAUCAGCUUUCAGCAUUUUCUUUCCCGAUUGAUGAGCUAUACCAACAUCUGAACAACACAGAUAGUCAAGCAGCAACUUGCAGUGGCCCUAGCAUGUAA